AUGAGUUUAAUGAAACCAUCGAGUUCUUCUAACUGUGAGCCAGACGAUGACAUCCAUUUAAUGACUCACUCUGUAAAUAAUGACAUCCAAAUAGAUGGAGAUAGUAGUGAGUCAACAAUAUCAUUUAAUGAAUCAUCCGAUUCGUGGAAAAUUGACAGCAUUCAAUUAGAGAAAGAAGCGGUGGUUACUUUGAAAAAUUGUUCAAAUACAUAUUUUGCUGGUUACCUAGCAAUGAAAACAAUAUUAAAAUUCCCCUGCUCAUAUUGUGAACAGUUAAUGGUGAAGUGUGAUUUUUCAGUUACAAAUAAAUUAGAUUUUUUAAUUUUUUGUAAAAACUAUGAUUCAAAAACGUCUGAAAUGCAUCUGAAAGUACCUACUUAUGAACUGACGCAAUUUAUUAUUUUGGCUCAAAAAAUCCUUGCAGAUAUAGUAGAAAAAAACCACAUAGAAAAAAAAUAG